CUCUGUUGAUAGCGAGCGGUUUUAUUUUCAAGGUCAUCGCUCCUAUACUUGGUGCACGACGCUAAAUUCUUUCGAAAUUCUGCGCGAUCGACAGUUAUUUUGAAAAAUGGAUCUUACUCUGGACGAUCUAGUUCAAGAGUCCGAGAAGUUACUUAUGGACGUACAAGAAGAUAAUGAUCUGCCGCAUAUCACUAGAAGCUUGGACCAAAUGCGUCACUUAGGUGAAAAACUCUAUUUGUCCAGAGGAUCCAACAGUGAUGUUAAAGCUGCUCGUCUUUUGGGGCCAAAAAUGAGCUACGAAUUGCCUCAAAAUCUGACUACAAAGUUAGAAAAUUUAGUUCCGACUGAUGUAUACGACAUGUGUCCCGUUGUACCCAAGACUGAUAUCCAGUCAUUCUUAAGAUCAGAGAGAGAUAAUGCAUUGCUAACCGCAAUACUUAUGACUCGAAAGUCGGUGUUUGAAGAAGUUGAGGAGCGGUGUGAUGCCUAUUUACAAACCUGGUGGGAACAAGAAGCUGCUGGAGUGUUAAGUGGUCUAUCGGGUUCAAAUGGGCCUCUGGAUACAGAACUCACCUCCUUACCUGAUUUAGAAAGUUAUGGUCAUUCCGAAUCGGGGAGUGGAAUACAAACUAUGCAGUUAACACGGGAUGAACUGCUUUAUGCAAACCAAUUGGAUUACUACCUUACCAUGCGUCUCACAUCUACCGAUUUCACACCUAUCCAAAAUGGAGUUCCUCGUGACUUACUAACAUAUAUGUCACGAACUCAAGAUUCAGUUUCUCGCGAAAAACAGUUAAAAACGCAGCUGAAAAAUCCUCAUUCUGAUAUCACGGAAAUAUGGAACAUUAUGAAGACAAUUUCUCAUCAUAUGCGUAAUGAGCAUAGUAGUAUGUUAUCAUAUGACCAUCCAUUGGAAGUUCGAGCGUCUGUAUCUAUACAAAAUACUUUAUCACUAUGUUCUUUAGAACAUUUGGAGUCUGAGUUUCUAGAGUUUCUAAAAAUAACGAUUGCUAACCAGCCUCGAUUAGCUCGACUUGGUGGACGUCCAGGGACCCGAUCAUUAGUGCGUGCAUAUCUGAGUCUUCGUCUACCAUCCGACAACGUAGCAGAUGUUCCUUCUUUGAGUAACCUCUAUCAAUUAUCCGAACAAAACGGUUGGGAAUUUGAUGAUGGUCUUGUAGAUGGUGUUCCUGUGUGGCCAAUGAUUUUUUACUGCCUUCGUACGGGAGAUACUGAAGUUACUUUGGAAGUUGCUCGUGAUGCCUUAAACAACUUAGGAAACUUUGUAACGGUGCUAGAGGAUUAUGUAAAACAUAACCGCCGUCUCAGAACUCCCAACCAAGCAAGAUUUCGUCAGACAUGCAAACAAGUGAUCAAGUCUACUCGUGAUCCAUAUAAACGACUAACAUAUUCUAUUAUUGGCCAAUGUGACCUCACUGAAAAUCAUUCAGACAUUAUUUCAAAUAUAGAUGACUUUCUAUGGAUAAAGAUAUCUCAAGUUAUUGCUCAAGAGCCCUCAGAAUCAGUGGUUGCAUCAAAAAAUAGUAUGGAUGAUACUUUUACUUUAGGUCAAUUGCAAACUUUACUAUACGAAACCUAUGGUGAGGUGCACUUUGACGCAUGGUCUCAACCACUGGUGUUUUUUAAAAUACUUUGUCUUACUCAACAGUAUGAAGCUGCUAUUGGAUUUCUCGCUCGAUUUGAACAACUACGAUGCCAUGCUGUUCAUAUUGCUUUAGUUCUGAGAGACUUACAUAUGCUUUUACUUCCCAACUGGCUCCACGCGCCACUUGUGGUUCGUAAUGAUUACGAUCCUACAGGGUUUCGCAGGCUUAAUUUGGCUCGUUUAAUUAUGUUGUAUACGCGGAAAUUUGAAUUCACUGAUCCAGAAAAAGCCCUUAUGUAUUAUUACAUGCUUUCUGACAUCCCAAUUACUACUGAAAAGUCACCUGAAGAAGAUUCUAAUGCAACUAUUCCAAGUGGUCUAUACAAUACGUCUCUCGAACAUUUGACUGCUAAAGGUCAAAAUUUGUUCGUCCAAUGUGUUUGUGAAUUGGCUUUAGCAAACAAGGAGUUAGAUUUACUCUUGGGAUGUGUUGGUGAAAACGAUAUUCGCAAAGUAAGUUACAAUUUACCUGAGAUCCUCAUUGUGUGUAUGUUUUGUAGAACCUGUCACUUUUUGAUGGCUAACCUAUUGAGACUAGAUCACGUUGUAGAUAACUAACCUCUUUUUUUGAUAUAUUCUAUUGGAGUGAUAGUAUUCUGGCUGUAACAAGCUGUAAUACUGUUGGGAAAUGCAAUAUGUCUUCAAAAAGAGAUAAGAAUCAGUUAGAAAAAUUAAAAUUUCGAGUCGUCAUCUUGAAUUCGCGUAGCGCUCCGAAACUCACAUUCUCAUAAAUGCACACAUGUUCUUCGCCAUGCCAUCAGUCGUAUUUACCAUAAGACAUGCUUUUUAUUGUCUUCACCUGUCGACGUCUGGGCCGAAUAGUUAAUAAGGACGUAGUGCGAGUUCGGUUUCGACCUAUUUCGCAGCACUGAGAACGCUUUUUUAAAUUGUGUGGUCGAGCCAUUAUGUAUCAUUUACCAGUUUAGUGUUGAAUAACGGGAACAAACGUGUUUCCUGACAUGUCCAAGUACAUUUGUCUAACUUAAGAAAGUUGUAAUUUAUAUCAUAGAUGUAUAAUGCACAUAAAAAGUAAAAUUAGUACAUUUAACUGUUCAUCAGGGAUGUUAAAAUAUUCGACGUCAAGUCGCAUGUUUAAAAUACAAUUGAGAGAUUGGUGAGUAUUUUUGUUUCGUUUAUAUUAUAAUACCUAAUCCUAUAUCAUCUUCCAAAGAUCUACGCGUCCCAAUAUCGAUGGUAUAGCUACUUGGUUCUGCAGGUGCCUGAGUAUAGUCCACCUUCUAGAUAAUUUCAGAUUCCAUCUUACAACUGAUAUUUCGUUUAAUUAAUAUGCCUUUCUUACAUCAACAUAUAAAUGCUAACAAAUAUCGGUUCUUUUAGCCUGGUGCUAUCGACCGCUUUUGCAGGUCUGUAGAAUCCCGUCGAGAGUUGAUCCGUACUGUUGCUGAUGUUUUUGAGUCCACUGGUCAAGUAGUUGAAGCUAUUCAUUUAUAUUUACUAGCUUCUUCCUGUGGAGAUCCUAAACCUGACGUUUUAGUUUCUGUUACUUUGAUAAAUACUGUACUAUCAAGUGUCAUAGUAACAUCUGAUCUUGGGUCAACACCAAUUACACAAUCCCGAUCCGGAGGACAAUUGGAUCGUAGUUCACUUCUGAGACUUGCGACAGAGAUUGCUCAUAAAGUCCGCCGACUAGGCUUGUCAUCAGAUGAUAGUAAUCAUCUCAUCCAAAAUGACAUUGAAACAAGUGUGACUGGAUCUACCUCGGCUAUAAAAAUAUUAUUUUACCUCCUCGAUUUGGCCGCGUUCUUCGACUUAGUUGAUGCAGAAAGAUGGCAAGCAGCUAUUGACCACAUAGAUCAGCUGGGUUUAUUCCCAAUUAAUUCUCAAGCUUCCAAUGUAGAAUUUUGUGCGAUGCUGUUCUCGCAACUCCCAGAUCUUGUACGCCGCCCUCUGCCGUGGGCAUUAUAUGCUUUAAUGCGUUGCUUAUCAGCGAAGUGUGGUCGAGUUACAUCUGUCACAAGUAAUGGAACGCGAGCGGACAGCACUUCAAAAAUGGCUACUUCUGAAAUUCGCUCCAGAGCAAAGGCCUUGAUAGCAUAUGUUGGUCGUAUUCCGCACAGACUACCAAGUGAAAUUUAUGCUGGACUUACUAGGAUGGAUAUGGAGAUAAUAUAAUCUGCUACUGAAAUGCUUUCGAACAAUCAACUAUUAGUGUUGUGUACAUUAUCAAUACUUUCUGUGUACCUUUUCUACAAUAAAUUAACGAAUAAGGUUGCUAUCGUUGAUUUUAGACUAUCUCUACUGUUACUGUAAUGAUUUCACCACCGAAUCCACAUUCUGAAUGAUGAUCGCAGUAAAUUAGGACACUAUCACAAUACAAACUUUCAGCAUAACCAAAAUUGUAUUAUUACAUCGGAAACGUAAAAAAAUUUACAAAAUAUAGAUUCUCAUUACAAUUUUAUUACAAAUCAAUAGUACAAAUCUCAUAUUAACACCUGUAUCACACCUGCCGUUGCAUUUUUUAUUAAAUACAUGCAAAAGUUAGAAAAC